UAAUGCGAGUCUGACAUGGAGAUUCUUCUCUUGUUUCGUCUAUUCUGACUUCCUUCGGCGCAUUGAUUGGGCUUGCGUGUGUCUGCUCUUCCUCGGCAUUGUUUCGCCCGGACCACGGACGCGCUCGCCAAGCAGCGGCCAUCGGCGACGGUGCCACGAAGAACGAGAUGGAGCGGCGGUGCAGUUAACAUAAACACGGCCGUCUGUCGUUUUCACUCCGACUUGCAUUUUACUGAUUACGGCUGGAAGAGUUCCGUGAUUUCAUUGGCAUUUUAAAAAGAGUCAGAAUUCCGUGUUCCUGCGGCGUUUAAUGCGAACAGCCAGUCGGAGAGGACUACGUCAGCUAUUUUCUGGUUUCCUGGCUGGCCACGCCCCCUUGGUCUGAUGGCCCUCCCCCAGCUGUCCUGGCUCCUCCUCCUGCUGCUGCUGGCUGGCCACGCCCCCCGGACCCUGAGCUGUCCCCGUGGCUGCCGGUGCUACAGCCUGGCGGUGGAGUGCGGCUCCAUCGCACUGCGAGAGAUCCCAUCCGGCGUCCCGCCCCUCAUACAGACCUUCUUCCUCCAGGAUAACGCCAUCGGCCAGAUCCGGCAGUGGGACCUGUCUGCCCUCGGGCAGCUGCGCUACCUGUACCUGCAGAACAACAGCAUCUCGGCCCUGGAGCCCGGGGCCUUCCGCGGCCAGGCCCAGCUGCUGGAGCUGGCCCUCAACCGGAACCGCAUACACCUGCUCUCCGCCGACACCUUCCAGGGCCUGGAGCACCUGCGCAUCCUCUACCUGUCCGGCAACCAGAUCACCCGGCUGCAGGACCACACCUUCCGCUGCCUGCAGCGGCUGCAGGAGCUGCACCUCCAGGAGAACAGUGUGGAGGUGCUGGGGCAGGAGGCGCUGGUGGGGCUCUCCUCCCUGGCCCUGCUGGACCUGAGCCGCAACAGCCUGCGCACCCUGCAGCAGGGCUCACUGCGCCCCCUACUGAGCCUGCAGGUACUGCGCCUCACAGACAACCCGUGGCGGUGUGACUGUGCGCUGCUGUGGCUGCGGAGCUGGGUCCAGGGCGAGGGCGAGAGGCUGCUGAGCUGGGCCGAGCGGCGGCUGCUGUGCGCGGAGCCCCCGCGGCUGGCGCUGCGCCCCCUGCUGGAGGUGCCGGGGAACAGCCUGGUGUGCAUCCCGCCCCUGGUGCUGCUGGGCCCGGGGCCGCUGUCCGUGCGGCCGGGGGAGGACCUGCGCGUGUCCUGCCAGGCCUCGGGCUACCCCCAGCCCCAGGUCACCUGGAGGAAGCUGUCCCACGCCGGGCGGGGCCCCCUGGCCCUCGCCCCGAAGGGCCUGGUGCGCGAGGGGCCCGGCGGCGGGGCGGAGCCGGGGGGCGGGGUCACCGUGCGCCCGGGGGGCGGGGCUAAGCCGGGGGGCGGGGCGAAGGUGGCCGGGGAGGGCCCGGAGCGCUUCGACCGGGACACGGGCAGCGGGAUGCUGUUCCUUAGCAACGUGACGCUGGCCCACGCCGGCCAAUACGAAUGCGAGGCCUGGAACCCGGGGGGCGUGGCCCGGGUCACCUUCCACCUGUCCGUCAACCUGUCAGGCACCGCCCACCAGCCCCUUGGCCCCGCCUCCUCCUCCCCCGGGCUCAGGCCCCGCCCUGGCGCGGGCCCCGCCCACUCCGACGUCAGUCAGGAGCCGAUCUACGUGCUGGAGAGCAUGGACUUCCAGGAGCUGGGAGCCGCCACUCAAACCGCCAUCGCCGUGGCGAUCUCGCUGCUGGCGCUCACCGCGCUGCUGCUGCUCGCCAUGAUCUACGGCCGCCAUCGCCGACGGCAACGGCUGAAGAAGGGCCCGGCGGAGGAGGGCGGGGUCCUGUACGUCAACGACUACUCCGACGGCCCCACAACCUUCGCCCAGCUGGAGGAGUACCGUGACGAGCGGGGGCACGAGAUGUACGUCCUGAACCGCAGCAAGCCCGUCCUGGCCCCCCCGUCGCCCCCCGCCCGCGGCCCCACCCCCUCCCCCGCCCACGACCCCGCGGGGGGAGGGGCGGGGCUCCGCAGGCCAGCCGAGGGGGGAGAGGGGGUGGCGGUGGAUCCAGAGGCUCUGUUCCUCAGCCAGAGCCUGCUGUUCGACUCACAGACCGCCUACGAGAUACACUGCUGA